CACGUGCAUUGAGGGUAUGUGUUUGCACGCUCGCUCACUGGUAUACGCUGCGUGCAGUGUGGUUCGCAGUGCAGGUCUAAUCUAUGUGAGAGUUACAUCUCGUCAUUUCCUUACAAAGGAUUUGUGUUUCGUUUCGGCUUAGCACUGUGUAUCUGCGUCACGAUGGUAUCUAGAUGAGUCGCAUGUUGAGCGCCCUGAGGAUUACUUGAAUGACAGAAACGGGCGGCGCGUUCAAAGACUGUACACCUGGUCGAGUUCCCUGGUGGGCUCCAUCGACAAUUACUGCAUUUGCCAUCAUCUGGGCGCUGGGUGUGAAGCUGUCCUCCUUUAUUUCUGUUCUGCUUCGUCGACAUAAGCGCCAUCGGGAAACGCAUACCCGAUCGAAAGGCACUCGCAGUGAAUUGGAUUUGGAACGCGGGGAUCGGUACAGUUUUCAGAGCUCCGGUACUCUCGAUGACAGCCGAGAGCGCGUCACGGACGGAGAAAGCACCGACAACUACACUGAAUGUGAACUUGGAAAGCAUGUUCCACCACCUGAGGCAAGAAAACGUGGAUUCUCUGUGAAGAGCGGUUCGAUCAAAUUAGCCCCAGAAAUUGUUCAUCCUAGUGUACGUUUUCAACGUCUAAGUUCCGUUCGAGUGGGCAUCCAGACUGCACCGUGGCAACCAGGGCAGAUAGGCGGUUACAGCCGAGCCACAAUCAAUCAAGUAAUGCGUCGAGACGACAUCACAUCCUUGACUAAUGAGGAGCGAUAUGGAAGAUUAGGAAGGUGGCUUAAAAAGAAGCACAUCGGUCUAUCACCCAGGCAACAGCUGAUGAUGAAGUUAUAUUGUGAACGAUUUACCACCGUCUCAUACCCCGCUGGAAUUGUAAUGUUCACGGUGUACAGUGUUCUUUGCACCUUCUCAUGGAUUUUCUACAUCAUUGAGACGGUCGAGUGA